AUGGCAAACAAAAGCUUUUUCUCAGUAUUAAGCAAACGUUUAUAUAUCGAAAAAAAUAUACCUGAAGAUGAGGAGGAUAUUAAUGAUGUUUUUAAAUCACUCGAAGCUCCCAAACAGAUGGGUCGGACAGAAUUGGACUAUUUGAGAAUAAAAGGAUCUGUGCAUGUUAGAGGUGUUUUGGAACGUUGGGAAGAAAGGAUGAUGAAUAUUCGUGGAAACCGAAAAGAAAGGUGGAAGAAAUAUCUUGAAAAGAAUCCCAAACUAUUAGAAACUUUUCAGAAAUUUUGGAAGCAUCGUCAAAAUCAAACUAUUACUAUUGAUGUAAACUUUGUGGCAGGAGAAAUGCAUACAUUAUACAAAUGGGUGUCUGAAAGAAUACAUAGUGUCAAUGCACGAGGAGAUGUCGUAGAGUGGAGUAAAUCCGAUUUAGGAAAUGAAUGGAGUCAGGUGGUGGAAUAUAUGUGUAAAGAUCUUAACAUUAAAUAUGAAGUUUCCGGAAAUGAAAAUGAAACUGCUCCAUGA